AUGGAGAAGAAGAAGCUAUGUAAAUGUUGUACAGCUGGAUGGUUACUCUGUGUUAUAGGAGGAAUCUCUAUACCUGUUGUCAGUUAUUUCAUCAAGAAACAGGUAGAAAAGACUGUGAUUAUCAAGAAGGGAGGAGUGUUGUAUGACUUAUGGAAGGAAAUGCCAAUUCCUAUUUACAUGCAGUUCUACAUGUUCAAUGUCACCAAUGUUUAUGAAAUAUUAAAUGGUGGGAAACCUUAUGUUACACAGAAAGGACCAUAUACCUACAUAGAAAAGAGAGAGAAGUUCAACAUUACCUUCCAUCCUAAUGGUACAGUGUCGUACAGACAGAAAAGAAUCUUUAUAUUUGACAGAUCAAAGUCAGUGGGGGAUGAUACUGAUAUAUUUGUCACAGCUAAUCCUUUAUACUGGACUGUAUUAGCAGCUAUAAAAUAUGAAUAUUUAGACAUAAAUAAGGUAUUGGAGUUGGUGUUAAAGUUCGGAGGUGAAGGUCCAUUCUUUGAGAAGAGUGUACGAGACCUAGUGUGGGGAUAUAAAGAUAAAAUGUUAGAAGCAGGAAACAUUAUAGCUCCAAAAUGGUUCUACACAGAUUUUGUUGGUUACUUUAUGAAUAAAAAUAACACAGAUGAUGGAGUAUAUACCAUAUUUACAGGAGAGAAAGACAUUACCAAGUUGGGAAUGAUAGAUAAAUACAAUGGUUCUAGUUAUUUAAAUUUCUGGUCAACAAAAUCUGCCAACAUGGUCAAUGGAACAGAUGGCACUCUAGGUCCUCCAUACCUCAGUGAAGACAGAACAUUAUAUUUAUUUGCUUCAGAUAUAUGUAGAUCAGUGUCUGGUGAAUGGACUUCUAAUGUAAAGGUCAAGGACAUCUCAUUACGUAGAUAUACAGCAGGAUUUAUGUACCUAGCUAAUGCUACAAUAAACCCAGAUAACAUUGGAUUCUGUACUCCAGAGUCUAACUGUAUGGAUACUGGUUUAGUGAAUAUAAGCACAUGUCAGCUAAUUGAUUAUUUCCACAUACCUGCAGUGGUCUCUCUGCCACAUUUUUAUAUGGCAUCAGACGGAAUAAAAAAUUCCAUAGGAGGUCUGAGUCCUUCUGCUGAGGAACAUCAGACAUUUGUUGACCUUGAACAUAACACUGGUCUGGUGCUGUCAGUUGCCAAAAGAUUACAAAUUAAUCUCUACAUACAGCCAGUUGAUGGAAUUCCAGAAACCUCUAAGCUGUUACCUUCUGUGUUACCUGUAUUCUGGUUAAACGAGACGGCUGUCGUCAAUGAUAAAUAUGCUAACCAGUUAAAGAGGAUGUUAUUUAUACCAAAGUUAGUAGUAGAAGUUGUACAGAUAACAAUGUUAUGUGGUGGUGCUCUCCUCCUACUCAUAUCUGUAUUCUAUGGUGUAUAUAAACUUAGGGAAAAUCAAAAGAUUUUUAUGAAGCCAGGGGACAAAAGAUUAUCCUCAUUGACAGAAUCAGAUGACAGAAGACAUUUAGUUUCUUGAUAUACAGUCAGUAGUUAUGUAACUAUCAAAUGUGAUAUGCUGAAUUAUGUACAAUUU